AUGAAGAAAGAUGGCACUGAAAAGGAGCUCAAGAGAUGUGCUGAGAACAUGCUCUCUGCAUUUGGAGAUGGGAUCCUGACAGUUUUCUCUGAUGGAUCAAAGGCUGAUGGUAGAGUAGUCCCGCUCAGUCCCUAUGGUUCGAUCUACUAUGCUGAGUUGGCUGAUGUCUUCAUGCUCUACGGUGGUUACUAA